AAUCAGCGGCGCGGAGGGGCGGGCCCACGCCGCGGCCGGAGGUAGCGGUAGUGGCGGCAGCCGGAGCGCGGCCGUGGGGAGCGUGGGCCCCGCGCUGAGGGGCGGUGCGGUCGCUCCGGAGCUGUGCGGGUUCGGCGGGGCCCGGGAGCUCGGUCACCGGCCCCGGCGGGCCGCGGCGGCGACGGCAUGGAGCAGACAGCGCCCAAGAGCAAACUGAAAAAGCUAAGUGAAGAUAGUUUAACUAAGCAGCCUGAAGAAGUCUUUGAUGUUCUGGAGAAGCUUGGUGAAGGGUCUUAUGGUAGCGUGUUUAAAGCAAUACACAAAGAAUCUGGACAAGUUGUAGCAAUUAAACAGGUCCCUGUGGAGUCAGAUCUUCAAGAAAUAAUUAAAGAAAUCUCUAUAAUGCAACAAUGUGACAGUCCUUAUGUUGUCAAGUACUAUGGCAGCUACUUUAAGAACACAGAUCUAUGGAUUGUUAUGGAAUACUGUGGAGCUGGCUCUGUUUCAGACAUAAUUAGACUGCGUAAUAAAACGCUAACAGAAGAUGAAAUUGCAACUAUUUUGAAAUCUACUCUUAAAGGACUUGAAUAUUUGCACUUUAUGAGAAAAAUACAUAGAGAUAUAAAAGCUGGAAACAUCCUUCUUAACACCGAGGGACAUGCAAAAUUAGCUGAUUUUGGUGUGGCUGGCCAGUUAACAGAUACAAUGGCAAAACGUAAUACUGUUAUAGGAACUCCAUUUUGGAUGGCUCCUGAAGUCAUACAAGAGAUUGGCUAUAACUGUGUGGCAGACAUCUGGUCCCUUGGUAUAACUUCAAUAGAAAUGGCUGAAGGAAAGCCUCCAUAUGCUGAUAUUCACCCAAUGAGGGCUAUUUUUAUGAUUCCUACAAAUCCCCCUCCAACCUUCCGGAAGCCAGAGCUCUGGUCUGAUGAAUUCACAGAUUUUGUGAAGAAGUGCUUAGUGAAAAAUCCUGAACAAAGAGCUACAGCAACCCAGCUGCUACAGCAUACAUUUAUUAAGAAUGCUAAGCCAGUUUCAAUUUUAAGGGACCUGAUCACCGAAGCAAUGGAGAUAAAGGCAAAGCGACACGAGGAACAGCAGAGAGAGCUAGAAGAGGAGGAAGAAAAUUCGGAUGAAGAUGAGCUGGACUCUCACACCAUGGUGAAGACCAAUUCAGAGAGCGCUGGUACCAUGAGAGCCACCAGCACAAUGAGUGAGGGCGCUCAGACAAUGAUUGAGCACAACAGCACCAUGUUAGAGUCAGACUUGGGGACCAUGGUAAUCAACAGUGAUGAUGAUGAAGAGGAAGAUGGGACCGUGAAACGAAAUGCUACUUCACCACAAGUUCAAAGACCUUCUUUCAUGGACUACUUUGAUAAACAAGAUUCCAAGAAUAAAAGCCCUGAAAACUGUAAUCAGAACAUGCAUGAACCUUACCACAUAUCCAAAAACGUUUUCCCUGAUAACUGGAAAGUCCCUCAAGAUGGAGACUUUGAUUUCUUAAAAAAUCUGAGUUUAGAAGAAUUACAGAUGAGACUAAAGGCUUUGGACCCUAUGAUGGAACGAGAAAUUGAGGAGCUUCGUCAGAGGUACACUGCAAAGAGGCAACCUAUCCUAGAUGCGAUGGAUGCAAAGAAACGGAGGCAGCAAAAUUUCUGAGUUUGUUUUCCUUUCAAACAUAAUACUAGGAGUCAGUAUGGACACUGGUAACUUUGUAAGCCAGAAGGAAUUUGAUUAUGAGAGUUUUCAAAAAUCCAAUCUGUUAAAUUUUCCUUCAUCAGCAGCGACAAUUGCAGUACUCAAGAAUAUUCAUAUGGUGUUCUGCAAAGGCAGCAAAACACUUUAGCACUUGUUUGGAUUUUCAGAUGUUUAAUGUAAUAGGAGUUUAAUCUGUUACUUCCCAAUCUUUUUCAGGUGGGUAGGGAUAACUUGGUGUUGUACAUUGGGAGUUGUGUUUUGGAGCACCUGGAAUGUUUUCUUGAUUGUGCAACACUACCGAGCCUUAUAUUGCAAUGUAUUUUUCUCCCACAUAGUAGCAUAUUUAUUAUGUAAUCUUUGGUUAUCUUAUUUAUUUUAUGCCUGUUUUCUGUUGGGAGGUAUUAGGAUAACACUGUGGAGAGCAGAGUCAAAUUAGAUAAACUUGCUAUUGUAGUAUAAUGAAAAGCUGCUCACCACUGUAGUAUCUUUUAAAACUCCAAAUUCAACACAUAACCUGAUUCAGGACAGCACUUGAACAUGUAUCCAGCCCAUUCAUAGCAGUAAAAUUUAGGAAUAAAGUAAGUAGUAGGCACAUCUUUUUCUGCUCUCCUGAAUCAGGGACUGUUGUACAGUACAGUUGUUACACUACAGAGCAUUCUUUGAGAGAGGAUUUCUGUCAUUUGUACGCACACUGAGUCAGCUGUCAUUAAACAAGAAAACAAGUGCCUAAUCAGUUUUAAUUUUUGUUAUUCAGGAGAAGCAAUACUUACAGUCACUCCUUAAGUGUAAACUUCCAAUUGCUAUUGCAAUUCUGACCAGUAUAAACCUCUAUUUUGCACGGUAGUUUUAUAAUGAAGUAACAGCUACACUUUCUGGAUAUGUUUUUUGUUUCAUUUGGGGUUUUUUUAAUCACUGUUUUGAGGGGAGAGGGGAAUUAUUAGUGCUUUGGGGUUUGUUUGUUUUCAUAUUGUAGCUACAAAGGGAUAGUAAUUUAAAAACCAAAGAAAAUAAAUUGAAUACUUAUAUUUAAUAAGUACAGAAAAGAAGCAACAUUUAAUAGUUUUCUGGUGGGUUUGUCCUGCAACUGCUAAACAUUCAAAAUUCCUAUAGUCUUCUGUUGGUAGAUUUUGGGGACUCAGAAAUGCAGGACCAAGCUCUUAAUAGCUUUUUAUAAGUUCUUGUCUGGUUUACGUUGUUGACUAUCUAUUGGUAGAAUUUACAACGUUGUAAGAAAUAUUUCAGACUUCGCAGAAAAUGUGAUCCACUCUCUAAACAAUCUGCUGUGUUCUGUAUUGAAAUCUUUACUAUCGUUGCCUUGUAUGUAAAUAACUUCACUGUGAUAGUCAUACUUCUUUAAACAAUACAGCUGAAAAGAUCUUUACAUUCAGCCUUCAGCUGUUAAACUUUUAAUGGUGACUACUGUAUGGGCAUCUUCUGUUAAACGUUUUCUGGAAGUUAGUAAUCAUCUCAUACCUCUUAACAUUAAUUGUCAACAUAUGUGGACCAUUUAGAUGGAAUAGUGCCAAUUUUGGAAAUGAUGCAUUAUGUCACAAAGCUUAUGCCAAUGGAAACAAAAAGUUCUUAGAGGAUCAGCAUUCUACAGCCCUGCUGGUACCAGUGCUUGGGUUUGAGCCGUAUCCAGCCGUCGCUGUCCUUGUCAUUCUCUGUGUGUUUGCAUGCACACCACGCUCUGACAUGUAAACCCUAGAGGCAAAUAAAUCUUAAUUGUGAUUAUUAGAACGUCCUUAUCCUCAGCUCUCUUCAUACUUCUUAAAGCAGUGACCAUUCCUUGUGAAAAUGUAAGAGCACAGAAGAUCCAUAAAAAUUACUUUAGGCAAGAUAAAAUGCACCUGGUAGUCCUACGCCUCACAUUUAUACAACUAAAUGAUGUAAAGUAAAAAAUGGUAUAAACAUAUCACUGUGUCAUUAGAUUAUAAUCAUAAUGCAGGAAAAAAAUAACAGCACCAACUUCCCCCUAUUACUGUGGUUCUUAUUUAUUUAAAGUAAUUUCUGCUUCUUGAACUUGCUGUUCUCAAAAGCUCAAAGAUGUGUGUUCAUACAUUGAUUUGUGUAGAUAUACACACAUAUAUAUUCAUAUCUAUAUAUAUAAAAGAGAAAAUAUAGAGCAGGUUUAAACCAUCAGGAGAGGAGCCUAGCUUGCCUUUUCUUGGUGUGCCUUUUAAGCAAAGUAUCAUUGUCUAGACACUCUUACUUGCAUUCUCAGCAGCUAGAUUUUCCCUUACUCAAUCUUAAACUUUUCCCACCAAAAAUAAAACUUUGAGUUUGAAUAAUGUGGCUUUACAGUGUAAUAGACAAGAAUAUAACAGGAUCACAAAUUUCUUAUUUUGUGUAUUUUGAAAACUUCAGUAAUGUGGUACCCCAAAGAUGAACUGGGAAGUCCGUGGGGACUCCAAUAAAAGGCUAUUUUAGACUAGAGCUGUUGCAGUCUGACAUCUGAAAGCUAUCAGAAGGUAAAUGACAUCCUUUUUUUCUAUCCUGAUGUGUCUACAUAGAAACAACUCAGACUUUGUGCACAUGCAUGCACACAGAAAUGGAAUAUACAUGCAUGAGGAAAAUCUGAAUGGCAUGAAUAAAACAAAUAAAACAAGCUACUGAAAAGGGUGAAAAGUAGCAUCUGAUGCACUGUAAACUGGGUAGGUACAGGAUGUUUGUGACCAAAGAAUACUUUCAUAAAUUAAUAUGAAAUUGGUAUGUUGCCAUUCUGGUAUGGUGCAAACUGCAGUCAGUGUAAGAGCUGCCUUGGGCUUCAGCAGCCAGCAUAGGAACCUCUGGAUCCUCUGCAAGCAUUGACAUUGUGCUCAGAGAUGGAUGCAACUCAUUUUUUCUUUCCUCUGUUUGUAUAAAUGAAUCAAAUCAUCCAUGUUGUUGACUACACAUCUCUACUGGAGGAUGAGCAUCUCUAUAAAGGAAAACCAAUAGAACAAUAAAUAAGAUAUUUUAAAAGCAAGCCUUGCAGGAAAUCUAAUAGAACUACUGACAAGUUAACCUUCAAUAGGAUUUUAACCAAGCAAUUUCUUGUUUGCUUCUGACUUUGUAUGUUUAGGUUUAGUAAGUUAAAACAAUUUUGGAAAAUCAUUGCUUAUUACUAAACAUUUUUAAUAAAAGCUAAUUUUUCCUGUAUAAUUGUUGACUUCUUCAUUCUAACUGAAGCAAAAUGAUCUUAAUAAUAAUCAUUAAUGUUCAUUUCCGUAGUCAUCCCUCAUGCUUUGUUUCCUUUCUGUAACACUGUGAGCACAGAAACCCACGUCUCUCAAAGUCAGCUCUGGAAAGGAUUUUUCCAGAUCACAACAGUGCUGCAAGAAUUAGAAGUCUGAGGAUCCCAUGAAAAUGGAUCAGGCCAGAAAUCCUCAGUUCUCUGUGGAAGUCUUCUCUCUGCAAUCUGAUGUUGCUGAAGGCCUAAUCCUGAGACAGCUGAGCAUCACUCAAAUAUCUUGGCUGUCUUCUUAAACUUGGAGGUGCUAGUGGACAUAAGGGGUAUGAGUUGUUCCUUUGUUGUUCUCAUGACACUAGAAAACCAGUAGGCAAUUGAUAGACUUGAGUAGAAAAGUGUCUACAUUUAAUGUCUGGAAUAUAAUUCUAUUACCUGUUUCUUCUGAUUUUUUAAAAUUAUUCUCUUAAUAACUUGCCCACAAAUACAUUUCAGUAAAAGGAACUCAUGACUGAUGCUCCUUAGUGAACCCCGGGAUGUUUGAAGUCACAAAAAUUUGAUGCUAAUCUGAAUUAAUCUGAUGUUUAUUGGAUAUUGUAAUUAUUUACUACUUAUUUACAGCAAAAAAUAGCUUGUCUGCAUUGCACAGUGUAUUUUGAUGAGCAUGCACAGUGGCUUUGGGCUGCUUCUCCAUUCAGUGUGUUCAAAUUUCAGAUAUAAUUAUGGCUCAUGGUGAGUGAAUCCCUGCCCAGGUACAUGGGAUAGCCUGACUCACCAUGGAAAGGCACUGGUGCUUCCAAGCAGAAUGUGUACUGUACAACUUCUGUGAAGCACUUGGUCUGCAUAUGGCUCUAUCAGUGUGGUAUGCUGAGGGUUACUCUUUCUUAAGUGUAUACCUGGUUAUAAACUCAUCAGAAAGACCUCAUGAAGUAAGAAAGUCUUUAUUUCUUUGCAUUCUUAAAUAUGUGAAAAUUCUUCAAUUGGAGUCCAGCUUACAGUGACAUUUCUUUCUGUGUUUCCAAAGGCAGUGGUGCAUGUUAAAUAAUUUAGCUUGAAACAGAUCUAAGAUUAUCGAGUCCAGUGUUAACCCAGCCCUGCAAACUCCACACUAAACCAUGGCCCUCAGUGCAGCAUCCACGUGUCUUCAAUACGUCCAGGGAUAGUGACACCACCACUUCCCUGGGCAGCUGUUCCAGUGCCUGACAAUCUUUUCAGUGAAGAAUUUUUUCCCAGUACCAAAUUAAGACCUGCCCUGGUGCAAUUUGAGGCUGUGUCAUGCAGCUGGCUGGGAAAUUUGCUGUGGGAUAUUUCCAUGCCAGGCUGUGAUGCAGCAGUGCUAUGCCCACUAUUGACAAUGAAAGCCUUGGACACAUCCUGCAUAGCCCAUGUUGUUUCUCAUGAUUGUGUUGUGCCAAAUGGAUAUUAAUAAGCCAAUUAAUAGCUUAAGCUUUUUGGAGCAAGCCUAAUUACGUUGAUUGCUUAGUGUGAAGUUAUUAAGUUGCAUUUGUGAAAUACUUUUUCACAAAAUGUGUUUCUACUCUUUGUUCAGUGCAUUCAUUCUGGAAAGGGCCUAUCUUUUACAUGGUGUGCUCUCAUCCAUUUUGAUUUGGUUUAAUGUCUUAGCAUUUUUAAAGCAUAUGUGAAAAUUCCCCAUAUUUUCCUCAUUCUCUUCCUCCUGCUCAGGAAAAUGAACGUGGGCAUUACUUUUUAGGAGCAUCCCCUGAGCCAAGUGUCCUUUGCACAUAGUGGGCACAUGCAAAUGUCAGCAAGAGCUUUUAUUCUCUUUUUCUAUUCAGAGAUCACGGAAGUCUCAGCUGUCCUGUUUUUUCUUUCUUUGAAAGGAUGGGAUGUUCAGAUUCUGAGCAAAUCUUUCAGAAUAAUUGUUAGUCCCAGACCAACAGAUGCUUUAUACUUUUUUCCAUUAUUUGCUACACAGUCCUCAGGAAAGAUUCACACUUCAUUUCACUAGGCCUUCAGAGAGUCGUCUGCAUUGGAGAAGAGUAGUGUUUGUCACAGAAACAGGAAAAAAGAAACAAUUUUUAAAAGUUUUCUUUGGGGAGAGAAGAAAAAUAAUAUGGCAUCUGCAGCUGGCCAGGUGGCUUAUGAGGCUAACUGUGGAUGUGAGGAAAAAUGUGUUGGCUGAAAAAAGCAAAUCAGGUAGUCAUCUGUACAACUUACUGCUCUGUGUUGAUGUUUCACAUCUGAUUUUCUUCCAUUAAUGUUUAUUGUCUUCGAUGUUCAUGCUUUAUUCAUCCUUUGAAGACAGAAGUUUUAAAUUUUUUUAAGCUUUAUAUAAAUGGAAGCAUACCAUAACAGUGCCAAGUAAAUAAAAAUGAAAAAGAACCUAAUCAAAGUCACCAAAGUGGGGGUGUUUUCUCCUCCUUUCUUUGGGGUUACAGACGUUUCUGAUGGCAGACGUUUGUCUGUGCAUGGAGAGACUUUGUUUGCAUGCUCCAGCUCUGGGCAGACAUGGAUGGAGAUGGUUUCACUGGAGGGCUGGCUGAGCUGUGCCCCUGCUCAGGAUGUCCUGUAAGUGUUGUGCCCUGCUGGAAGCCGCUGCUGUCCCCCUGCUCCUCUCCCUGCUGGCCGUGCUGCAGGCACUGGGGCUCCUGCAGAGCGUGAGGAACCAGCCCACGGCAGGGAGCCCUGCUCUGUGCAGAGAGCAGUGUGAGCCUGGGAGCUGUUGAUCCCCAGCAGGGCAGCACUGAGCUCAAAUCAAUGCCUGUGGUCUGGGAAGCCUUGGAGGAGCCAGCUGUUACCUCAGGGACAAAGCCAUGCUGUGGUGGCAAACAGUUUCUGAUGCUGCUUUACUUGGUUGACUGGACUGCAGCAUGGCCCAUGGCCUUUGGGAAAAAUAAAGUUCCUUGUGUCUAUUUUUUAUUGAUGUACAAAAAAUAUUUAGGAAGUGAUCUCAGUGCAGUGGAAGAGUUCAGCUAACAACCUCUCCAUGCCCUGUGCCAGGACCUACCUUAGUGCAUCAGCACUUUUCCUCAGCCUCCCAAGUUCCUACUGUGGGUGCUGGCUUUAGCUUUGCCAGAAGUGAUGGUGUGAGCAGGAAUUUUUCAUGUGCUGUUGGCAAACAGCCAGAGUUCUUGCCUGGUGCUGGUACUUGUUUGGUGCAAACAGGCCUUUCUAAAGGCCACAGAAAAUUCAGAGGGGGUAAACUGGGCGCUAAGUAGGGAGCUGCCCAGGCAGCAAGAAGACACUGGAAGGAAUUAAAACUGUAAUCUGAUUCUGGGCUCAAAUAGAUUUUCUCUCUGUCACAAUGGGGGGAAACAUUAUUGGCAUUCACCAUUUACCAUGGCACUGCAAAGCCCAGCAUCCUUUAAAAUUUUUCCUUUAGGUAUCACAGCUACAGAAAUUAAAUUUGUAAAUAUACAUGGCCACAUGCUAAUGUACCUGCAUAUAUUUUCCUCUGUCAAAUUAAUUAGGCCACAUGUUGUUUACUAAAAACUGGUUUUCUCUCUUUGUGGAUAUUUCUUCUGAGGACAGAUAUUGCAGUAUCUCUCCCUAGCUUCUCCCAGAGAAAAGCUCAGUCCUCCCAGUCCUGUUUCACUCCCCUGUACAGUAUUUGGAGCUGACCAGUAUAAUUCUCACAGCUGUUCCUUUGCUGCAUACAGGUGUGCCCAGAAACAAGCACCCUACUACCCCCGCAUUCCUCCUUUCAUUCCCUCGGUGCCACUGGAAGGAUUGAUGCAUGAGAAGGUGGCUGUGGCCCUCAGAUGUUUCUAGCACUAUUUCUUUUCCCCUAUUCAGAUCUUUCUGCUGCUUUGCACUCCUCCUGGCUCCCAAGGCCUGCAUGGUUGCUGUUAAAAAAAGCCUCACAGCAAAUACAUCAAAGAGGGAUACCAAAAGUUUUUGAGUUGAUUUAUAUGACACUAAGCCUUUUGUGUGAUGCAUCAAUUGAUAUUUCAUUUUUAUUGCAGUACAGUGGGGUAUAUGGGCUUAACAGCAAGAGGUGUCCUUUUGAUCUCUCAUCGCACAUGAAAACAGGUGUCAUAGUCCAGAGAUUAUGGAGGUCAGAGAUUAUUUGAGGAAGGAUUAAGUAGUAGUACAUUUUUCGUAGCAACCAUAUCCAAAAGCAUGAGAUUCUUUUAAAAGUGCAGCUGUUAUUUCAGUCUAGAUAAGUCGUA